AUGCGACAUUACGGCACAGUCAACACGGCCGAUCAACCGCCAUCGCCUGAACCAGCUCAGCUAAAGCCCUCGAGCAAUGCCUUGGGGCGGCCAUUGGCAAACUCGACGAGUGGAACCAAGCCGUCGUCGUCGGAUGCGUUUGCGAGAGCUCAGCGCUACGUCCCUUCGGUUUUGCUUCCUCGUGAAGCCGCCUGCUCGCCCACCGUGCACAAGAUCCACGUCCUCGGCGAAGACGCGAGGUCCAAAUUCAUCGCCCAUGCUCUCUCGAGCGUUUACGACUCGGUAGAGAUGAUUGGAUGGAAAACUCGUCCAUUCUCGUCGCCGUCAGAAUCGUCAAAGUACGGAAAUAUCGAAAAGACCAGACCAGGCAGUCGACGGACCACGUCCGUCGUCGCACGCAACUUGGCGGCUCGGGAAGACGCCCCGGCGCAGAGCGAUGGCCCUGACAUACACCAGCUUGUGGUCACGGGAUAUGGCUACGAAGCUGCCAAGGCAUUGGAGACGGUCAAGGAUCGACUCGACGACAACGCAACCGUGUGCCUGAUGAACGACGGUCUCGGCGUUUUGGAAGAUGUCCGGACGAGAAUAUUUCAAGGGGCGCACGAGGCUCCCAACUUUUUGCUCGGUCACAUGAGCCACCGUCUGGCGUUCAACAGACGAUACGACGCCGUUGCGCGACUGAGGGGAGGUCAGACCAGGCUAACAUAUGCCGAAGCACCACGAGUGCGCCUCGAGGACGCGCAAAAGGUCGAAUCACGGCCCAACUUUGUCCGGUCGCUGGCACGAGCCAAGGAUCUCAAGUCCAGCUUCAAUACGUACGAUCAGUGGCUGCGUUUCAAGUUGCCGGCCGUCAUAUUCGACUCGGUGGUCGAGCCGGUGUGCGUUCUUCUGGACAUGCCCUACCACGGGCUGCUGCAAAACCGGGCUGCCCAGCGGACCAUGUACCGUCUGCUGCGCGAGAUCCUCCUUGUCCUCGAGGACAUGCCCGAACUGAAAAACUCGACAGUCAUCAGAGACUACCUCCACAGCCAAGGCGUCCAAAAGUUUCUGUACAACAGGAUCAUGUCGAAGCGGUCGAACCCGAGCCAGCUGGUGAGGCGGAUCCAACACGGGCUGCCGACGGAUGUUGAAUACCUGAAUGGCUACUUUAUCCGUCGCGGCCGGAGUCUGGGCAUCAAUCUUCCCAUGAAUGUCAUGAUGCGAGACAUGAUCAAGGCGAAGCACUCUCAGUCGAUUGAGCAACUGAACUCGUACAUCCCCGUAGAGGAGACGUCGGUGCCAAGCCACCUGGCAUUCCAGUAUCGGACAACACGUGGAUAG